UUAUUCUUACAGAAAUUAUUUGAACAUUUCUAAAAUAUGCAGUUAACGCGUGAUCUCGCUUAAUCGGGAUAUCCAUAUCGAUGAUAAUGGAUAGUUGAUGUCCAUCGAUAUUACAAGUCGAGGGACUGUCCAAGCUACAGUCAUGGAGACGCAGAUAGAAUGGGACCCACCCUUACGAAAUGGUCAGGGCUGCUUUUUUUCUGAAGCAAUCUUCUGUGAAAUGUGGCCGGCGAGUUUUCCAGACCAGCUGAGGCUAAAGCAGGCAGAAAUAGAGGCAGAGAGCACCAGAUCACGCUGCGAUUCCAAGUUGGAAAAGGUUGAGCAGGGGCCCACACAACCCAAGGUGUCAAGGGGUGAGACUCAGCCAGCCCAAGGUGAACAUUUACCAAAGCAUGAAGCCAGGCAACACUAUGCUAGCUUCCACACUGAUCUUGAUGAUGAAAAGUCCACAUCACCAGAGAAGAAUAAGAACAAAAAAGAUGUGGCUAGAUUGAAGAAGGGAGUUAUGUUUCUUCGUAAGAGAGUGCCCUACCCGAGGAAGUCUUCUCUCAGCAGAGCUCAACAGAAGAAAUAUUUAGAACUGUACAAUAAGUUUUUGAAUCAUUUGCCAGCUCAGCCUUCUAAACAAGAACUCAAGGAUAUUAAUAUGUUCAAGGAACUGCAAGUAAAAGUUGGUGCAGAGCAAGAAGAAUUCCUAGCAUUCCUGGAACAGCUUUCUAAGAAAUUUCCAAAGGACUAUGCCUGGAUCCACCCAGAAGCACGCCAAUAUGUUGAGGAAGUUUUGUCUGUGGCAAGAGGAAGACUCCAGUCUUAUCCUAAAUGGUAUAUAGGUGUGGGAGAGGUGCAGCUGAAACCACCUGCAGAUGGUGUAAAACCUGUUAUGAAGCUGUUAGGAACUGUUCUGGAUGUGGGUCCAGUUAUGAAGGUCAUCCUUCCCAGCAUGCAUCUGCAUGGUUUAUCAGUGGUCAUCGUACCCACAGAUUACGACAAAGUCAGCCAGAGAUUUCCCACCAAACAACGGGUUGUCACAGAAAAUAAAGUUUGGAAUAAGGAGGUUUGCAGUCAAGACAAAAAUGCAGAGAGGUUAGCUCAGAAGUAUGGAGCAGAUGUUGUCCUCUCAUCCAGUGUGUUAAAAUGUCUAGUGGACAAUCAAGCCCCUGGGUACCAGCAUCAGUGGGAGCUGCCUGUCACAAUACGAGAACACUCUGUUCAAGAUCCAGUUACUGGAGAAAUAAAAAACACAAAAACUGUUUACAUAGAUAAGCCUUUGGCUCCAAGGUAUCUGACGGCUCGAGAAAAAAAUGUUCAGUUUUAUAAACCUGCAUUGAAAACCUUUCUCACUCAUCUUCCAACACAAAAACUACAGAAAUUGAUCAAAGAGCAGCAAUUUGUAGAAGGUGCAGAAAAGUCUAAUCAGAUGAAGGGACACAUUUCAAAAAAUACCAAUCCAACAUUGCCUAACAAUGAAGAAGAGGAUGUUUUUGGAUCAACCACUGGCAUUGAGGAAGUUGAAACCUUUGGUGUUGGAAGCAGUUUUAAGUCUGCUUUUUCUUGGCCCUUUGGCACAGAAAGUAAAAGGACAAAGAGCAAAGAAAAUAUUGAACAGAAAUUGCUGGAAAUGAAGCAGGCAAUAAGUUCAGUCACUUCAAGUUUAAAAUCAGAAACCGUCACUAACAUAGAAUCCAGUGAAUUUGAAGCAUCGACUUUGAGGUUUGCUGAACCAAAACAGCAAAACCAGGCUGAAGUAAAUAAACAGAUAGCAGGAUCAAGUUCUGAUGAGGCUCUUUCUAAAGUUGCCCAACCUGCAGCCAUAAGUGGCUCAAAUAUUCCGGCUAGUGCUAAAAACGAAAAACCUAGAUUAUUGUCACAAAGUGAUUCAUCUGAUGAUGACAGUAAACUUGUCAUUGAUAUAGAGGACCAGUCAAGCUUUGAAAAACCUUUCAGACCUCCUUUACAGAAUACAAGAAAAAUUCAGCCAUGUUUGCAUCAAAAUGAAAACAUUUCUGAUACAAUUGAUAAUGCAGCUGAAAAUUGUCUCCAAGGCCCUCUUUCUCUGUCAGACUCUGCCAGACAAAAAGUUAAUAAUGAUGAGCAGGUGACAGGAGAAGUGACCUCAGUGAGGCAAACUAGGUCAAGGUCAGCUGUUGAAACCUCAUUUUCACUAACAGAUGGCAGCAGUGAUUUCCAUCCAACUCCAGCCAAGAGAGGCAGAGGUAGACCAAGGAAGGGUUCCCAGCAGACUUCGUGUAGUGAGGAAAGCAUAGGGCCAGGCAGUGAGGCUUGUGAGGAUAGAGAUGGACAGAAACAAGAUGGAGAUGGAGAUGCAGUUGAAUCAGCACUUCCAAAGCGGGUGCUCCGCAGCAACACAAAUUCUGUAGCAGCGAUUGGACAAGUAGAGACCCCACAGAAAGAUGUGAAUAUAGUCAAGGAAACAGAUGAGGUUACACCUGCUGUUAGAAAAAGAGGACGACCAAGAAAAAAUCCACUACCUGAAGCUGAGAAACAGACAUUAACAGAUGUCACCACUGCACCAGCCAAACAGACAAGAGGAGCCAAAUUAGAGAUUGUAAACCACAAAGAUUCCCCAGCAGAUGUCACUGUGUCUGAGGCUCCCGGUAACCAAGACCACCAGAACCAAGCCAGUGAAGGACAACCUGCUGCAAAUGAACCAAAAGCAAAGAAACCAAAAGUCAAGAAACCCCAAGGCAGUGGGGUCACUCCUCUUGAUUCCAUCCUCCAAAUGCAGGAGAAGAUGCUCCACAAAGGACAAGCCACACCCAGAGUUAGUUUCCCACAGGGGCCACAGAGUCAAACCAGUGGUGUGAGGACUGGUGAGAGGAAUGAUGUCCCUCAAAAUUCAGCACAGCAUCAGCAGCUUCCUGCUAAAGAAGAUGUGUCAGACUAUAACAGACCUCAGACACAGAAUUUAGUUUACAGUUUGUGGACAUUUGGCAACUUAAAGCUGCUGGUACGAAGCAACAUCCAUGGUGUUAUGAGGGACGAACAGUUAGGGACUCGUAAAGUUGCAGUAGUCCCAAAAAUGGAGUAUCAAGCAAUGUACGGUGCAGAGCAGACAACGUUUAGCGAGACAGCAAGGAUGUGGAUGACUUCUUUUCUAAGACAGAAUUGUAACAUUGUGCGAGCAAGAAUCAAUGUGUUCACCUCAGAAGUGAUGACCCUAGAGGAGCUGGACACGUCUAAAAUCCUCUACCCCAGGUGUCCAUUCAGCCCUGACAAUACAAUGCCAGUGGUUUACCAUGUGUUGGAGAAACUUGCAAUGUUACCUGAAGGACAUUACCUGCUGAGUCAUGAAAAGGGAGACAGCAGCUGUCAUAUCAGGAGAAGCACAGAUCCAGAUAAGAAGGGCAGCUAUAAUCUUCACAACAGUCACCUGUGUACUGACUUGACCUCUGACCACCACAGAGAAGAUAGCCAGUGGAUACCAGUUGACCCCAACGUGAUGCUGCCUUACUACCAUAAGAAGUUUGACCGCAUACCAGCGACUUUUGACCCCAAAGAUAUGUCGGCAACACAGAAGUUCAACUCGGGACAGAGUCAGCCAAAGAACAAGAAAAAGAAGAAAAAAUGAGUCAGAACUGAUAAGCACGAAGAUCAUUUUGAAAUAUGGAAGACAGAUAUACCUAUUUUGUUAUGCAUAUUUUAUAUGCCAUUGAGAGGAUAUUAUUACAUUUUCCUGUAAUACAAAAAAACUUAUAAAACAGAGAAUACGACAGGAAGAAUAAUAAAAAAGAUGGGGUUUGUUCAGUGCUUCUCAUAUUGGACAGGUGCACGUGUAUUCAUCAUCAUCUGUGGGCACCUGUCACCCUGAGAUAGGGUACGGAGGAAUGUAAAAAAUUGCAGCAUGAUUUACUUAGCGUUGCCAAUGGUUGCUCAUUGUUACUGAUGGAUGGAACCCAGUGAUAGCUCAGAAAGCAUGAAGAAGAUUUUUGCGUGGGAUAAAUGAACCCCCAAAGGAUCGUUCACAAAAUACUAGGACGCGAUGAUUAGCGUGUCUUGCGACAGGAAUCUUUAUAAAAGCGAAUAAAAUGCGAAGAAAAUGUUAGUUAACAUUUAUUCAUAGAGUUGGUGUU